AUGACUCCGUUCCUUACAGUGGACCAAGCUUAUGCUUAUGUCUGCCGUGAAGAUGUUCGACAAGUUGUGAUGAUGGGUUCAUCCACACCCAUUGGUGUUGGCUUAGUGGCCAAGAGUGCUCCUCUAUCAGGCCCCCCUACUCGCGCUGGAUAG